GCAUCUAUUGAAUCAGCAUCCACUAAAGCAGCAUCCAUCGAAGAAUCUAUUGAAUCAGCGUCCAUCGAAGCAUCAGAAGAAUCCAUCGAAGCACCUAUUGAAGCAGCAUCCACUGAAGCAGCAUCC